AUGGAAGAUGGCGGGUUGGUCGAGGAGAGGACACUCUCCCUUUAUAGAAUAAGAGUGGGGUGGUUCUUCCCAGGAGACAGAUUGAAAGCAAAGUCAUCAACCAAUUGGUUUCUAGACACAGAUCCAGGUAUACUCAAUCUUCAUCAAGAUCCUCAAACACCCGUACAAACUUCCACUUCCCUGCCUGAAAUGAAGUACCUCUGCCCUACCAGCCUAUCCAAAUCAGUUCUUGCCAAACCAUCGCAGGCAAGUCCAACUGCUCAUCUGAUUCUGGGACUGAAUUUUUCUCUUCCCCCAAAGGCAGUCGACACAGAGAAGACCAAUGAGGAGACUCAAAGUAAUGCUCUGUACCCUGUAGUUCUUGCAUCUAAACCCCUGAAGUGGGAAGACAUGCGCAAUGUAGACGACGAUAAGGAUUCCACCGAGUUCUGCAGAGAAAUCUAUGGCAUAGUCAUACUUGAGGGAUCAUGGAACCCACACCAAAGACAACAGCUUGCUGACAGCGCACUGUUCCAGACUUGGAAUGACUUCGUGUGCGGAGUGGAUGGAGCGGAACCCUCCCUUUCUCGCGAGUUCUACAAAAGAGUGACUGCCUUCCGAUCAAAGCCUGAUUUCACAGACAAUGAGAUGCUGGAGACAUGUAUGCGAGACGAAGAAAACAAUCUUGACCACAGAGUGGAAAAGUUCAAGGAGAGACUCGGUGAAGAGGUCUUUGACCCCAUAGAAAGGCAGCUGAGCCAGCUGUCUGAGGAUACACAUAAAGGUGCAAGGAUAUCCAGCUGGGGCUACAAAGUUGAUUACUGCACUCCCGAAAGACUGGCCUCUAUCAUUGAUGAGUUGGGGACCAGUAGGUCAACAAUACCACCUGCAACAGCGCACGAAUGA